UUAAAAUAUGAUGAUGUGAACUACAAUAGUACACGAUAAAGAGGAUUUGUUUGCUAUGUUUUGCCGUGUCAGUUAUUGUGAGUUAGAUACUCUGUCAUUGAGAAAUUGCGAAGGAACAUGGAGCCGUUUUUGCCAUCGGAAAUUGCAAGACUUGUUUAUGGGUACUUGGUCGAAGCAAAAUGUGAUGAUGCUGCUCAAAGUUUUCUCGAACACUGUCCUCACCUGUCGGAAUGUUUGGCUGUUAAUAAAGAAGGCAAGGGUUUUAACACAAGACCAGCUGGUUGUUGUCUGACGGAUGUUCUGGAUGAGUAUUGCGAGAUUCGCAGGAUGGUUGCAGAAAGGUUACUGAAGCUUCCCAAAAAUUCAGCAGAGAAGCUACGACAGUGUGGCAAUUUGAUUGGGCAGCUGCAAUACCUGAUUGAUGCAACACAAUCAGGACAAACGUUGCUUGUCAGCAUAAUGAUGCCACCACAAGUGAGUGAGGAGUCAUCUGCCCAAAGAAAUAGUAGCAGUGUGACCUCUCCUGUAUCCGCUCGCAACCGUAUGAGGAUACUUGGUUUUUCAGACGGAGUAAAGCGAUCUGCUGUACGUUCAGGAAAGGACACAACACAGCAUUGUUCAAAGGACGUAGAUGACAGAUUAGCUUCUAUAUCCACCAGUAUGUCACAGGUUGAAGCUACUCCCCUAGAAAACCUUCCUGGAUUUUCAGGUGUUUUCGACACCCGGUGUUUACAGACCGCUCAAAUGAGUGGAAACAUUCGGACUGUCUCAUCAAGCGGUCAGGCUGCAAAAUGUGUACGCAUUGAUCGUGAUGAUUGCUGUUCGGGGACUUCACACGAAGCUAGUCCCUCGAAACCAUCUACAAGCUCCUCUAGUCAGUGUAAAAAGUUCAGUGACAAUGGACGGACAUCUAAAUAUCAGCAGCUGUCACCUUGUAUGAGGAACAGUUCUGCAGCAGAAAGUCAGAACAGUAGCCCAGUUGAAGAUGGACCAUCCUGCUUUUCAUCACCAAAACGAAAAUUCGUGUACAACACAAAGAGGAAGUGUUCUAACCCCACUCCAGCGAAAGGCAUCAACAUACCAGUGAAGAGCCAUACCCCACCUAAAGUGAGGUGUUCGUACUCUGAUGAUAAUGAAUCCAGUGAAAGCCUUGAUUUUUCUGCACUUACUCAAGCUCUGUUGGACAACAAGGAGCUUCACAAGAAGAUUGCAGAAAACAUUAACAGGGUGAUUCACAAGCCUGUUUUAGGGGAGACUGUGGAAAAUGUUGGAAGCCACCUCUCAUCAAAUGUAACUGCAGAGCCAAGCAAUGCAGAAAAUCCCAUUGUAGUUACAGGGUCAUGUGAUGGUAUGCUACAAGAGCUGAACCAAACCAUUAAAACCAUAGUCGAACAGACGGAGCAGGAUCCUGUGUUUGAGAGAUUCCUAGACGAAAUAAUAGGCCCAUUAGAUGAAGAGAUGACACCAAGCCCAGCGGAGAUGCAAAGUGAAGGCGAUGAUGCUGCUCCAGACCUUGCUGUUACAACAAAGGAGAUAAGGGAUGUUAGUACUGGCAGUGAGGGUAGCAGCUAUACGACUAACAAGAAGUCAGCAUCACCAUUGGCAGCAAUAACAGACUGUUCGAAAGGUCAUCAGCAGUUUCAAGAGCAGAAACUGGGUAAAGACAAUUCUGGGCAGUUGAGCAGUGAUGUUCCCCUUAAACAGAGGCUCCGAAGUGCAAGGCAACAUAAGUGUGAUGCAGCCUUUGGUUCUAACUCAGGUAUGUAAAUUGCUCUUUGAGAAGACGAGUUAAUUAUUUAUGAGGUAUGUGAACAAACAAACCCUUAAUUUAGCACUAAUGGUAGUAAUAAAAAUAGUGGCUGAACAAAUUGAGGGAAAAUGUAUGAGGUUUGUCAUCUGAAAUGUAGAGAUUAUGGUAUCAAAGAGCAUUUAGUGUUGUGGGAUAUUACACUGUUAUUAUGUGCAUGUUCAUGAGCUACAAUGUCAUAGUCAACAACUGCACUGGAAAAUAAAAUUAUUUUGCUUUGUAUGCUUGA